AUGGCGCUGGUUCUGGCCGCGAGCACAAGGGACUGGGCAGAGGUGGAGAGGCUCCUAAAAGUCGGGUCGGACGUGAACAAGCAAGACAGGUCUGGUCAGUCAUGCCUCAUGUGGACCGCGCAGUGGGACAACGCGAAGAUGGUGCGACUGCUGCUAGAAAGAAGAGCUGAUGUCAAUUUGAAGAGCAACCAUGGCGUCACAGCGCUGAUGUUUGCCGCGGACAGCAACGCAAGAGAAAUAGUUCGACUGCUUCUGGCACACCAGGCCAACCCUGAUGAAAAGUCGAAGCAUGGAAUGAACUCGCUCUUGCUGGCGGCCAAGAAUGGGGCAGCGCAGACCGUACAGGUGCUGCUGCAGGGGCGGGCGAAUGUCAACGUCAAGGGUGGAGGCGCAAUGACGGCCCUCAUGUACGCCGCUGCAGACGAUCAUGUCGAUGCCGUGAGCGCGUUGCUGGACCAUGCUGCCGAAGUGAAUCUACAAAACGGUGAUGGACGGAGUGCCCUCAUCUUGGCGACGCAGAAGAAUGCCACCCUGCGAGCUCGGCACAACUUUGCUCCAAUGGUCGAGUAUGUGAAUGGCAUGUCGCACUUGCCAUCAGUCCUUGAUCACCUUCUGGCGGCUCAGUCGGAUCUGGAGCUCCGAGAUAAGGAGGGGAAGAGGGCCCUGGACUACGCAGGCGGCAAAGCCGAGCAGCUCCUCCGAAGCUGGCCCAACCGCGUGGCGAUGUUGGCGGCUGCCUUGGAGUCUGCCGAGGAUCACGAGCCUGACGCUGCUGAGCCUUACGCCGAAGUUGCCUGA